UGCAAAUCCACAAUGUGCGGGGUUUGACGCGGGAGCGAGGUAUACCACUGUACCCUUACAGUUACAGUACUACACCCGUUUCACUCACUCGCCCUGGGGGAUGGGCCGCCAGACUCUUACACUGUAUAUUCAUCCCCUGAAUCGCUUAUUUGUCGUCACUCGGUGAAUACGAACAACUCAUUCUGUCUUGUCGCAAAGCGGAACACCAUUGAAUUCACUACUUUAUUGACUCCGUCGCAUAGUCAAUUUGUGUGUAUACAGUCGCGAUCUACUCGAACUUCUGCCACGGUUGCCCUCACACGCGCAUAACUAAUUCACCCGGCUCGCAUCGUCAGACAAUACUCCACCUGCCCGCCAUUCCACAGUUAUAUACCCCUCGCCCAGUUGGCAUCGUUACCUUCAACUCGUCACCGGACUGUGCCAUCUGCCUCGACCUUCGCGUCGUUUCUACUGCCCGCCGAAAACCGUGUGCUGGAGGCAAGAUAUUAUUACAUAUCAGUGGCCGACCUACCUCACGGACUUUUUGGGAGGAAUACAUACAUACCGAUGAGGCACAUGCUCAUACAAAAGCCAGAACCAGAUUGGUGUGACACCUUAUAACAGAUUGCGACUUGAACCAGUGGAUGGUACCGGAACUUUGCCCAACUACUUCGAACACGACAUCACUGCGCAGCACGGAACUCUUGACGUGCUGCCCCGCUGCCCCCACUACACCUUAUAUAUAAAGCUACAAAACGAUCAAUCGCAUGGGUUCACGACCACCAGCGAUCGAGAUCCGAUCGCGGUCCCAUGGCCCUCUAGGCUCAGAUUACGAACCCUCAUUGCGCCCUCUACCAUCUCCCCGCCUACAUGUCGCCGGCGAUGUCCCCCCCGAGCUGUCGCCGCUCGAUGCCUUCGCUGCACAGAGUCGGCUCCUGGCAAAGAAGCUAGAGGAGGGGAUGAAGGGAGAGAACCGUAUGAGCCGCUUGCCACCGCUUUCGAGUGAGAGUCCUUUGAUAGCAUCACGGCCGGGGUUUUUUCGUUCUGCUUCUGCCCGUGAUGCAGAGAACAUUAUGGCUGAUCCUCAGUCGUCUCGUCUUGGGAUGAGAACAGAAGUCGAUGAGCCUACGCUUCGGCCUAUCUCGGUGUAUCCUAGAAUGAGCAAGAUCCCCAGUCCCGGCCCAAUGCUCAAUUUCCCCCUUACUCACGAUGAUGAUGAUGAAACCAACCGCGGACGGAAACCAGGGGGGACUGGAAACAACAUUAUGCACAGCCGAACGGAAGAGUCCCCGGGGCCAAUCGGCCAGCUUCCUAGCGGUAGAGUGCAAGACCGCUCUCCAUCUCACUUGUCAAGCCGUCCGAGCAUUGAUUCGAUAUCACAGCAGCGCUCCUACGACGUUCGCGCUCUUGCCCCUCCUCGAUCUCCCUUUUCCCCAAAGAUACCUAGUCUUAGGUCGAUAUCUGCCGAUGGUUCGGAUGAAGAGUCGGCAGCAAUUGCCCCGUCGGAGAGAAAUAACCUGCGCAAGCUCUCGUCGAGUAGUAGCCUAUCGACUUCGCCCAUCUCGCCAUUCAUGCCUAGAUCACCAUCUAUUUAUUCUGACGUCUCUGCUAGCACCAACCGGCUUUCUAAGCCUGCGUUUAAUUUUUCAAGGCCACUGAGUCGCGCCGAGCCACCACCAGAAAUGCUCAUGCGGCAGUCAUCAAUGGACAGUGAGCGGUUUAUGUCUAGGGACGAUAUAGCUCGAAUGCCGUCGAACUUGUCACCCGGUAUACCUCCACCAGGCACUCAAGAAACCCCAGCCCCUUCAACCAUAUACUCUACAUUUGCUCUCCCACGUGGUAAAAUGCCCGAGCCAGGUUCAUUAACCAGCCCGAAAUUGGAACAGCCUUCCAGUUCAAACCAAUCAGACCUGCCGCAACCCUCAUCAAGCAAAACUGAGACGUCUCCGCCUCGUGCGAACCGGGACCCAAAUGCAGAGAAGUCUGCAGAGUGGCAUGUAACAAAGGGAAUAGAAUGCCACGAGAAUGGAUCAUUGAACGAGAGUACCUAUCAUCUCAGGAUUGCGGCGAAGCAAAAUCAUCCUACUGGCAUGCUCCUGUAUGCGCUUGCCUGCCGACACGGCUGGGGUAUGCGUGCAAAUCAGCAGGAAGGUGUUCUAUGGCUCAGAAAGGCUGCUGAAUCCGCCACAUUGGAAGUGAAUGAAGAUGAAAAUGCCGCCAAAGGAGGACAGGCUGUGGAUGUUGUAGAUCAGAAGCAAAGAAAGGCUCAAUUCGCACUCAGCAUGUGCGAAUUGGGAAUGAGUCACCUUAAUGGCUGGGGUAUUGAGCAAGAUAAAGUGCUUGCAUUGCAGUGCUUUGAGAUCGCUGGUGCAUGGGGCGACGCGGACGCACUUGCAGAAGCUGGCUUCUGUUAUGCUCAGGGGGUCGGAUGCAAAAAGGACAUGAAGAAAAGCGCCAAAUACUACCGUAUGGCCGAAAGUAAGGGGAUCAGCAUGGUUGGCAACAGCUGGAUCCAUAAGAGCAAGUACAAGGAAGACCCCGUUGACGAUGAUACAUCUGGGCUAAAGAAAGGUCGCAAUAAGUCACAGACUCGGUCCAUAUUCGCUCGCAAGAAGUCAUCUUAAAAUUAAUCGACUAUUCUAUUAUGUUCAAAUAGCCUGGCCUGAAAUACCAUCAGAUGCACCUUCUAC